AGUGCGGGCCGCGCAUUCACGCAAACCAACAUGCUUUAGUGUUGUGCUGUGUGUUUGAUCGGGUCCCACACUCGGGUCCACCAGCCAAACCGGUAACGCUGGAGCGCGACAACAAAUGCAACGCCACUUCGCCACACUUGACUGACCAAUACACGAAACAAAACAAAACAAAAAAAAAACCCCCACCCCGAAGCCAAACAUCACGCUAUCUCGUCUGCUGCUGGCUUUUGGAGUGGAGAAGAUUAUUGCGUACGUUCCAUCAGUCAGUCAUCCUACGGAGGAGAAACGGCUUUGUGUGACACAUCUGAUAGCGCAUCAUCGCGGCGAGUGAUAAGAACGAUUUCAAGUGACUAUUACAAGCGCAGCGGAGAUGCCGCGUACAACGUUGAUAGUUGCGAUCGGGCUGUGUUUACUGCUGGACGGCAUUUGGACUGCAGACAGCGACAGUAGCACUACCAGCGCCAGUGACGCAACGACGACAACCUCCAAAAUGGCCGAGGUGCAACAGGUUUUCGCGCAGCACGAGGUGAUUCCCGACGUGAUUGAUGCUGCACCGAAAGAGUUUGCCAAGAUCACGUACCCGAGCGGUGUAACCGUGGACGGUGGUAACGAGUUGCGGCCGACGCAGGUGAAGGAUCAGCCGCGUGUCGAGUGGACGGCAAAACCGGACGCCUACUACACCCUCUUCAUGGUUGACCCGGACGCACCGAACCGCAAGGAGCCAAAGUUCCGCGAAAUUGGCCACUGGCUGGUGGGUAACAUUCCCGGCACCAAGGUGGAGGACGGUGAUCAUAUGUACGCGUUCGUUGGCUCCGGACCACCGAACGGGUCCGGGCUGCAUCGGUACGUGUUUCUGGUGUACGAGCAACCGGCCGGACGGAUCGACUUUAGCCAGGCUCCACGCGUCUCGAACCGCAGCCGUAACCAUCGGGUCAACUACAAGCACCGUGAGUUUGUGAAGCAGUACGGGCUCGGCGAGCUGGUGGCCGGAAACUUCUAUCAGGCACAGUACGAUGACUACGUCCCGACGCUGCACGCUCAGCUAUCGUCCGGAACCGAGUAGCGAUGAUAAGCCGGGGCCGGUUUUACUCUAAGAUGGCAAUUUAUGGUGGAUUGUGAGGGAUUUUGUAACGACAACAAAAAGAGUGCGAAUACAAACAUGCUGACAGCACUUG